GAAGCGAGGAAGAAAGGCAGCAGACCAAAUUGCGCAAGCCUCCUCAUUACUUUUCCCGAGAUUCCUAAUUUCCUUUCCUCAUCACUUCCAUCACUCUCUUUGCUCUCCCCUCCUUUUUAUAAAGUAAAAUCUUAGUUGAUUUUCAAUUCCUUUGUUACUAUCCUUUACAUUUCUUCUGCUGAGAGAGGUUUUGAAAAUGGUGGCUGAUCAAAAGGGUAAAUCCGAUAUCUCCUUCGCCGGAACCUUCGCCAGCAGCGCUUUCGCUGCUUGCUUCGCUGAGAUAUGUACAAUUCCUUUGGACACUGCUAAAGUUAGGCUCCAGCUUCAGAAGAAAGCUGUUGGUGGAGAUGCGGCGGCGCUACCAAAAUACAGGGGUUUGUUAGGUACAGUUGGUACUAUUGCUAGGGAAGAAGGUUUUGCGGCGCUCUGGAAAGGUGUUAUACCCGGAUUACAUCGUCAGUGUCUUUUUGGUGGUUUGAGAAUUGGGAUGUAUGAGCCUGUUAAGAAUUUUUAUGUGGGAAAAGACCAUGUUGGAGAUGUUCCUUUGACCAAGAAAAUACUUGCUGCCCUUACAACUGGUGCUCUAGGAAUUACAGUGGCAAAUCCAACUGAUCUUGUGAAAGUUAGACUUCAGGCUGAAGGGAGAUUACCACCUGGAGUACCUAGGCGCUAUUCUGGGGCACUUAAUGCUUAUUCCACCAUUGCCAGACAGGAAGGAGUUGCUGCUCUUUGGACUGGGCUUGGACCCAAUAUAGCACGGAAUGCUAUUAUCAAUGCUGCUGAACUUGCAAGCUACGAUCAAGUAAAGCAGACAAUUUUGAAAAUCCCUGGAUUCACUGAUAAUGUUGUGACUCAUCUCUUUGCUGGUCUUGGGGCAGGAUUUUUUGCUGUCUGUAUUGGUUCUCCAGUAGAUGUGAUUAAGUCGAGAAUGAUGGGAGAUUCAGCUUACAAGAGCACACUUGAUUGUUUCAUCAAAACUUUGAAAAAUGAUGGACCUUUGGCCUUCUAUAAGGGUUUUAUCCCGAAUUUUGGACGGCUAGGAUCUUGGAAUGUGAUCAUGUUUCUUACCUUAGAACAGGCAAAGAAAUUUGUCAGAAAUCUAGAAUCCUCGUGAGCUUAAAAGGGAUGAUCAUCAAUCCCACAGAGCAAGAAUUACAAGUGGGACUACCAUUGAAGUUUUACAGAGAAUAAUAGAAAUUUAUCUUAUUCCCUUAAAUAUUUAUGUCAUUGGUCUCAUUUUGGUAAUUGAGACAAAUUAUGCCAGGGGAAUCUCUUGAAAUUUCACUCAACUUAGAAACUUUGAAAUAAUUUUUAUGGUCAUUUUUAUUACUGCAGUUAUCAUUUGUCAUCCCAUUGAAAUAUUGAAACUGUUAAAAUCAGAAAUUUGUCAUCAUAUAUUUCC